UUUAUUUAUUUGAGACAGGGUCUCACUCUGAUUGCCCAGGCUGGAGUGCAGUGGCCUAAUCUUAGUUCACUGAAGCCUCAAACUCCUGGGGUCAAGUUAUCCUCCCACCUCAACCUCCCAAGUAGGUGAGAUUACAGGCAUGUAUCACACCUGGCUAAUUUUAGCAUUCAUAGUAGAGACGGGGUUUCACUGUAUUGCCUAGGCUGGUCUGGAACUCCUGGCCUCAAGCAGUCCACCGUCCUCUGCCUCCCAAAGUACUGUGAUUACAGGUGUGAGCUACCUUGCCCAGCCUUAUUUUAUUUUAAAGACUUCAUUUUUUUUUUUUUUAAGAGCAGUUUUAGGUUCACAGCAAAAUUGAAAGGAAGGUACACAGAGAUUUCUCAUAUAUCUCCUGGCCCCACACAUGCAUAGCCUCCCCCAUUAUAACAUCCCCCACAACAGUAGUUCAUUUAUUACAGUGGACAAACCUACACUGGGACAUCAUAAUCACCCAAAGUCCAUAGUUUACAUUAGGGUUCAUGCUUGGUGUUACACAUUCUAUGGAUUUGAACAAAUGUAUAAUGACAUGUACCCACGAUUGAAAUAUCAAACAGAUUAGUUUCUGCCCUAAAAAUCCUCUUUGUCUCCCUCCUUUUUGCAUAUAGGACUGAAAUGCUCUGUGCAAAGGCAUGGUUCAUACAGUAAGGCUCAGCUGCAAUCUGGGAUCUACUAGCCUGGUGUGCUUAGGCUUGGCUGUGAUGCAGGAAUUAAGGGUUGGCAGCUGGCUAUAGCAAGAGCCUAGAUCUAGUUAAUUUUUCUCAGUUCUCUGGGACCAACUCUGCCUUCCCCCCUUUUCUUUUUUUUUUUUAAUUUGUUUAUUCCUGUAGCAUAAAAAUUCCCCCCUUUUCAUGCUCUUCAAUCUACAUCUUCACUCUCCUCCUCUUCCCUUUAACUCCAGGGUCAGAAGUCUAGGGAACACAGUGAUCGAUGCCUGCACGUAACUGAUAACAGUGCUGACUUGAGUACCAAUCUAAAUUAUGUGAUAAAAGAGCUAUCAUUCAUUAUAGCUGGAGGCUUAGAUCUUAGACUACUUCCAGAAUCCAGAAUAUUUUUGCUUUAGAGACACAAAAUAUUAAUUUUGUUUUUGUUUGGUUUUGAGACAGUGUCUUGCUCUUUCACCCAGACUGGAGUACAGUGGCAUGAUCACAGCUUACUGCAGCCUUGAUCUCCCUGGUUCAAGCAAUCUCCCUGCCUCAGUCUCCCAAGUAGCUUGAACUACAGGCAUGCACCCCCACAUGCAGCUAAUUUUUGUCUUUUUUGUAGAGACAGGGUUUUGCUAUUUUGCCCAGGCUGGUCUCAAACUCCUAAGCUCAAGCAAUCCUCCUGCCUUGGCCUUACAAAGUGUUGGGAUUACAGGUGUGAGCCACCGCAACCAGUGACACAAUAUUAAUAAGAAAAAGUACUUUUGCCAGCCACAGUGGCUCACACCUGUAAUCCCAAUACUUUGGGAGACUGAGGUGGGUGGAUCAUGAGGUCAGGAGUUUGAGACUAGCCUGACCAACAUGGUGAAACCCUGUCUCUACUAAAAAUGCAAAAAUUGUCUGGGCGGAGUGGCAGGCACCUAUGAUCCCAGCUACUUGGGAAGCUGAGGCAGGAGAAUCACUUGAACCCUGAAGGUGAAGGUUGCAGUGAGCUGAGAUCCCGCCACUGCACUCCAGUCUGGGCAACAAGAGUGAAAUUCCAUCUCAAAAAAAACAAAAAAAGAACUUUCAUUGUGGCGAGAGAUAGGUAAAUAGUGAAUUACCUGAUAAUCAAUGGCACUUUGAAGGAAAAAAGAUAAUAUAUCCCCCAACCAUGACCUUAGGAUUACCAGAUUCUGCACUUCCUGAUCCUACUUGAAGUCAGAAGGGACUUGGCCCAGUAUAAGUAAAUUGCAAGGAUUUGGAAGAAAAAGGGGAAGGAUCUAUACGCAUUUUCAAGGAUACUGUAUCUUGGAGAAACAAAUUUAAUAAUCUGAGAACUGUUACUAUGAUACAACAUAGUUGAAUAACAAUUUUUCUUGGAGAGACUAGAAUUAAGCUGUUUUAUAAAAGUAUUGAGAGGCCGGGCGCGGUGGCUCAAGCCUGUAAUCCCAGCACUUUGGGAGGCCGAGGCGGGUGGAUCACGAGGUCAACAGAUCGAGACCAUCCUGGUCAACAUGGUGAAACCACGUCUCUACUAAAAAUUACAAAAAAUUAGCUGGGCACGGUGGCACGUGCCUGUAAUCCCAGCUACUCAGGAGGCUGAGGCAGGAGAAUUGCCUGAACCCAGGGGGCGGAGGUUGCUGUGAGCCGAGAUCGCGCCAUUGCACUCCAGCCUGGGUAACAAGAGCGAAACUCCGUCUCAAAAAAAAUAAAAAUAAAUAAAAAUAAAAAUAAAAGUAUUGAGAGACUGGAUCAAUAAAUACCCUGCAAAUUUGAUAGUGAGAUGGAUUCAUUUAUUUUUAUUUUUAAUUAAACUUUUUUUUUUUUGACACGGAGUCUCGCUCUGUCGCCCAGGCUGGAGUGCAGUGGCACGAUCUCAGCUCACUUCAACCUCUGCCUCCCAGAUUCAAACGAUUCUUCUGCCUUAGCCUCCCGAGUAGCUGGGAACUACAGGCGCCCCCCACCAUGCCCAGCUCACUUUUUUGUAAAUUUAGUAGAGACAGGGUUUCACCAGGUUGGCCACCAUCUCUCAAAAAAAUAAUAAUAAUAAUAAAUAAAAAAAAUCAAUCCCUAUUUCCCCCAUCCCAAUAAAAUGAAACCUUGGAAUUCUUUUUUUCUCCUCCCCUCCCACUACGCCCGAGGAAUUGUAUAGGCCAAUGGUUAGGGAAUAUUUUUUCGUGGAGGGGACCGUCUUCCACAGUUGUGACCCCGCUCAUCAGGUCUGGGAAGAGGUAACUGAAAAACAGAACAUACAGAAGCGUUACCACAGGCCAUGUACAAGGCCAGAAUUUCUCUGACUUCUGUCCGCCAGCACUGCCCGUUAAAGGUACAAUUCCACAAGAGACUCGCCAAACUUGGUGGAGUCACCCGCUUACAAGGGCUCGCUCUCCACCUGCGCAAGGACUGCAAUUCCCAGGGGCCUCCAGGGCACCCAGCCGCGCCAAGUCCAGACGUGCAGGCGGCGCGCUCUUUCCUGCUCCGCUCACGUCCAGGAACCGGUUCCCGGCCUCCCAACCCCUCUGCAGCGCCCACGCGCCCGGGUCCGAGUCCGCUAGCGAGAGUCGGCGGCGCGGAGGCUUCUGGGAGAUGGAGGCCGAGGCUGAGACCUGCGCAGGCGCAAACCCACAGCUGGGGUGAGGGCUGGAAGUGGCGCGGUUCGUGGCAGCGCCCCGAUGGAACCUCCUGGUCCUGUGAGGGUAUACAAGGACAAGAGAAGAUUAUGAUGAUGGAACCAAAGGAAGAGGAACAGUCUUGUGAGUAUGAGACCAGGCUACCUGGGAACUACUCUGCCAGUCAAGAGAUCUUCCGCCAACGCUUCAGGCAACUCCGCUACCAGGAGACUCCUGGUCCCCGGGAGGCCUUGAGCCAACUACAGGUACUCUGCUCUGAGUGGCUGAGGCCAGAGAAACACACCAAGGAGCAGAUCCUGGAGUUACUGGUGCUCGAACAAUUCUUGACCAUCCUGCCUGAGGAGCUCCAAUCCUGGGUGCGCGGACAUCACCCUAAGAGUGGAGAGGAGGCUGUGACUGUGCUGGAGGAUUUAGAGAAAGGACUUGAACCAGAGCUGCAGGUCCCAGGCCCUGCACAUGGACUUGCACAGGAAGAGCCAUGGGAGAAGAAGGAAUCUCGGGGAGCGGCCCAGGAAGCAGUGAGCAUCCAGCUCCAGCCUAAGGAGACCCAGCCUUUCCCAAAGACUGAACAGGUAUAUUUACAUUUUCUGUCAGUUGUUACAGAAGAUGGCCCAGAGCCCAAGGACAAAGAAUCAUUGCCACAACCACCUGUUACCGAAGUGGAAUCACAGGUGUUCUCAGAAAGACUUGCUACUGACACCUCUACAUUUGAAGCUACCUCUGAGGGUACCUUAGAACUGCAGCAGAGAAAUCCCAAAGCAGAGAGACUGAGGUGGUCCCCUGCCCAGGGGAAAAGUUUCAGACAGAUGGUUGUCACCGAUAAGGAAAUUCCCACAGGGAAGAAAGACCAUGAAUGUAGUGAAUGUGGUAAAACCUUCAUUUAUAACUCACAUCUUGUUGUCCACCAGAGAGUUCAUUCUGGAGAGAAACCCUAUAAGUGUAGUGACUGUGGGAAAACUUUCAAACAGAGCUCAAACCUCGGUCAGCAUCAGAGGAUUCAUACAGGAGAGAAACCCUUCGAAUGUCCUGAAUGUGGGAAGGCCUUCAGAUGGAGUCUUGAUCUGUUGCCCUGGCUGGAACGCAGUGGCACAAUCUCAGCUCACUGCAACCUCCGCCUCCCGGGUUCAAGCGAUUCUUCUGCCUCAGCCUUCCAAGUAUCUGGGGCUACAGGCACCUGAACAUUACUGAAGCAGUGCUUCAACUAUACUACUAAACUUCAGAAGGAGGCUUUAUAUUGCAAAGUUACAGAUGAAGAAAACUAAAAUAGAUGAAAUAAUUUGUCCAAGGCCACAUAAUUGGUAAGUAGCACGGCCAAGAUCUGAAUCUAAAUAUGAUUUCAGAGUCUGCACACAUGGCAUCCUUUACUCAGAGCUGCAAGGAAGAAAAGUGGGACUUUUGCAUUUCCAACUUGAAUUGUGGAGCAGAGAAAACCAAAUGCACUGUCCUAGUCAGCAACACUUCCCAGACAGAUGAGUGCUUGGUCCCAGUAAUGAGACUAUCUCUGCUGCCCAGGAACCAAUGUAAAAUUUAAUUAAUUAAAUUUAAAAUUAAAUAUAAUCAGACUGGCACGGUGGCUCAUGCCUGUAAUCCCAGCACUUUGGGAGGCCAAGGUGGGUAGAUCACCUGAGGGCAGGAGUUCAAGACUAGUCUGGCCAACAUGGUAAAACCCUGUCUAUACUAAAAAUACAAAAAAUUAGCUGGGUAUGGUGGCAGGAAACUGCUACUCCCAGGAGGAUUGGAGGAGAGUCAGGGAAGGCCUCAGAGGACAAAUCCAUUGCAAUGGUCCUUGAAGCUGGAGGUAAACAAGGGUGGGGAUGGGUGUUAAAUAGACAGUGGCCCUGGGAGGAGGGAUGGAGUCUGUAAAGGCAAGGAGGCAUCAAAGUGCUGGGUAUAUGUGAGUACAAGUAGAUCAGGGUCGCUGGUGCAUGGUGCCGGUGCCAGUGCUGGGAUGGGAGGUUCUGGGACCGGGAUGCCUUGGGCUCCAGGGACAGGUUGGGUGUGGGGAGAACAGUCCUGAGAAAUAAGUGGUAUGAUGAGAGCUGUGAUUUCCAAAGCAUGGGGAGGAUGGGCAGGAGGCUGGCAUGGAGUAUGGAAGAAAUAUUUUUGAGGAUGAUACAGGCAAAAGAUAUGACUUCCUCUUCCUUUGUUUUUCAGGACUGAAGGUUGCAAGUAAAAGGGAUUUUUUUUUUGAGAUGGAGUUUUGCUCUUGCUGCCCAGGCUGGAGUGCAGUGGUACCAUCUCGGCUCACUGCAACCUCUGCCUCCCGGGUUCAAGCGAUUCUCCUGCCUCAGCCUCCCGAGUAGCUGGGAUUACAGGCAUGCGCCACCACGCCUGGCUAACUUUGUGUUUUUAGUAGAGAUAGGAUUUCUCCAUGUUGGUCAGGCUGAUCUCGACCUCCCGACCCCAGGUGAUCCACCUACUUCGGCCUCCCAAAAUGCUGGGAUUACAGGUGUGAGCCACCAAGCCCAGCAGGGAUGUGUUUAAAGCAACCUGGGGCUAUCUUGUUUUUGGGUAAAUGCUAUGAUCAAUUCCAACGAAAGAAAGGUUUUGGUUCACCUGUUGAACAGUGUACUUGCCCACAUCAUAGAAAAAUAAGAUAAUUUACUGCCACUUAUUUAUUAAUUCAUUCAUUUAUUAAUGAUUGACAACCCUGGGGUGAACACUCUUCUACAAGAGUUAGCCCUGUCCUCAAGGAGCAAAGCAAAAUUACUGCCAGAAAUGAAGAAGAGGCAAGAUUAAAAUUUCAUGUUAGAAUGAAAGUGUCCUACAGUGAGUUAAGUCCCCAUAUCCCUGGCCACUGUGCAUGCUCAGAUGCUGAAGUUGAUAAGAACUGGGCUGGUCUUUUCCACACUGGCAUCAAAGGUCCUCUCCAGUGUGAAUUUCCCGAUGAACUCCAAGGUGAAAAUUCCAUCUCAAGGCUUUCCCAUACUCUACAUAGUAGUGUUUCUCACCAGCGUGAACUUGAAUGCCAAGGAAUCUCCCAUCCCCACCUGAAGGCAUCAAGCUCUCCCAGGUCCUUCCCACAUUCAGGGCACUCCUGGGGUUCCCCCGACUUCAGAGUCAGUGGACUGGAACCUAGAUUUAUAGUGCCUACUCCAACUAAUGUGCCUCCGCACCCCCAUCUAUCUCCAAGCUGUUUAUGUACAGCUUGGAGAAUGCUCAACAUACCCAAAUGACCAAAGGCAUAGAAGCAUUUGCUGCUUUUGUUUUACUUUUUCUUUUCUUUCUUUCUUUCUUUUCUUUCUUUUUUUUUUUUUUUUUAGACAGUUUUUCUCUGUUGUCAGGCACCAGGCUGGAGUGCAGUGGCAAGCUCGGCCCACUGCAACCUCCGCCUCCCAGAUUCAAGCAAUGCUCCUUCCUCAGCCUCCAAAGUAGCUGGGACUACAGGCACGCGCCACCACACCCAGCUACUUUUUGUAUUUUUUAGUAGAGACGGGGUUUUACCAUGUUGUCCAGGAUGGUCUCGAUCUGUUGACCUCCUGAUCCACCUGCCUCAGCCUCCCAAAGUGCUGGGAUUACAGGUGUGAGCCACCGUGCCCGGCUGCUUUUUUUGAGAGAGUCCCUCUCUGUCGCCCAGGCUGGAGGGCAGUGGCAUGAUCUCGGCUUACUGCAACCUCCACCUCCCGGGUUCAAGCGAUUCUCCUGCCUCAGCCUCCCGAGUAGCUGGGAUUACAGGCACACACCACCAUGCCCAGCUAAUUUUGUAAUUUUAGUAGAGACAGGGUUUCGCUAUGUUGACCAGGCUGGUCUCAAACUCCUGACCACAUAUGAUCCGCCCACCUCAGCCUCCCAAAGUGCUAGGAUUACAGGCGUGAGCCACGUGCCUAGCCUAGAUUUGCUCCUUUCUUGAUUCUCUGGUUAAACUGCCCCGAAAGCCUCCCAGACCUCUGCCCACUCUCAGCGCAUAACCACCGUCCCUCUUAGCAAAAGGCCUCAAAUAAUCAACUCCACUGUCUCUGACACUCCUAACUUUCAUACCUAUCUUCUUAGCCCCUCCAACAGUCUUAGUGACUUCAAUGACUUCUUACCAAAGCCAACCCCGCCUUUCGUGUUUUGAGUCUAUACUUUCCUACUGCGAAUGUUUAAUUGUAAUAAUUAGAUAUUAAAUAGUUAUACUAGGCCUGUCUUGGUGCCCAGAAAAGCCUGGGCCACGGGAGGGACUCUGUAAAUAUCCGUGGGAUGUGAAAUGCUCUCACAAACUGCAAAUACCAGAAGGCGGAGAGACAAAAGCACAGGCCCACUGAUUUGCCCCCAACUGCCACCCCACCCCACUAGCACACGCACGUGGGAGUCUUAGCGGACGCCCCACAGACCGCGCACGCGGCCGUGAGCCCGCCCGGCGGUCCCUCAGCCCUCAGCUUCCGACCCCCUGGUCUCCGCCCCUCAGCCCUCGAGUCCCGCCUCCGGCCGCCGAGGUCCUGCGCUAACGAGCGGUCCUCCCAGCCCCGCGACAGACACGCUUCCGCCUGCACCGCUGAGGCUUCUACCUCUCGGAUACCAGACAGGCUGGCCGACGAGCGCAUUUGGGGGACUUUUUGGAGACCAUGAGUACUAACAGAAUUGGGUCUAGCAGAAGACACCUGCUGUAAAGCGUAUUAUCAACUAUUAAAAACAACUGGUGUUCUCGUCCGCA